AUGGCCGAUGUAGUAAUGCGGGAUGCACCAGCUGCGGCUGCAGGCGCUGCCGCUUUGCAACGAAGAGCUGGAGGAGGGUCUGCCGAAAGUAAAGCUCCUGACACGAUAGGUCCUGCGCCUAGGGGAUCAAGUGGUCUAGCUCGAGGAGCAGUACAACGAACAAAAUUCUCAGAAGCAUAUCGUUCCAUCUUUACACUCAAUCAACCAGACCUAAUUCCACUGUUUAAACAUGUCAACUGCAAUUAUCUGUCCACGAAAGGCCACUCACCUACAAUUCUGGAAUUGAAACAACACGCUCAAGCAUUGGUUAUUCUCCUCAAGCAAAUUACUCUUUCCACCCACGCAGGAACCAUCGAUAGUAAGAAUCAAAAAGCGGUUACCAAGUUUGAUGGAGCCCCGAGUUUCAAUGAACAUGAAACCUUCGAUUUCCUCAAUGAUUUGAAUAAUGUCUACGAGAAUAAUACAGUCCAUCACAAUCUUCCACUUCCCACUUUACUUAAUACAUUGGAACCUCAGUAUGUCGAACCGGGAACCAUGGUAAAUCCAGGACAACUAGAUCAUUUUGUCGAGAUUGACGUCUGUCCAUUGCAUGAAGUGGAUCCAGCUCCUGUUGACGGUCCAUCGCUUCCAUAUGCUACCCAUGAAGCACUUCUCAAACACGCAAACGAAGUACUCGAACUAAUCGAUCAUGAAUAUAGCGCCAAGGGAGGUCUACUCGGUGUUCUUCCCCAUGAAGAUGACGAUAACAAUCGACCCCUAGCAGAAACAACUCUCCUUGGUCAAAUGAUACUUUACAUCCAACGACUCGUCGCUCGUCUUCAUAACCUCGAACGUCUUCAUGCAAAUGCCAUGGACGUAAUGAAAGGUGAAGCUGUCGUUCCUCAUCAAGCACUUUCCCGCGUAGGACCCGAUGGACGUAGUGGCCGCGAGCUCGUCUACCCACAAGAUCGCUUCGUCCUCGUCAAUUCUGGCGACGAUGUCUGGCAAUUUCUCAAUGAUGAAUUUGAAAAGAAAGAACGAGUCGACGAACAAGUCCGUGCAAAUCAUCUCCGUCUCGGUGUCGAAGGUGAGCGUCUCUGGGAAACCAAAGGUGGAAAAGAAUAUUCCCGUGGUAUCACCGCCAUCGAUGUCAUAACUCGCUACUAUCGACUCCGCAACGAUUCCCUCAAAACCAUCUUCGUCAUCCCUGCCCACGCCGAACAUCCCGGUGUCAAAGUUACCCGCGAAAUGGAACGCAACCCCACCGUCGUCAGCGUGGUCAAACCCGUCUGGCCCGAGCGCGUCUCCGUCUGGGAAAAGAAAACCCGCGACGAUCUCGAGGAACUCCGACAACUCCGCCGGGACAACGCAUCUCUCCGCGAAGCCGCCGAGGUCGCAGACACAGAACGCACGUAUCUCCUCAACGAAGUCAAGCUCCAACGCUCCCACGUCUACAACGCGAAGGAAAAAUGGAAACGCUUCACCGAAGGCCCCGACUUCAACGAAGUCGCCAUCCAGCUAGAAACCGAACGUGAAAGUCUCGCCAAGGAACGCAAAGAUUUCGAAGCCCAGCGCAGACAACUCGAUACCCGCGCUACCGAUCUGGAAACCCGAUCCCAAGAACUCACAUCGCGCGAACAAACGCUUGCGAAUACUCGGGCAGCAGACGCGCGACAAUUUGAAGCUCGUCGCGCCACGCUCGAAAAUCUGUAUAAACAGCGCUUGAUUGAUCUCGAGAAUGAUCGCUUGGCGGCGGUGGAGAAUGGCACGCGACUCGCGGAUGAGUUUCAGAGGGCCUGGACGGAACAAUUGGAGAAUACGCAGACGCUGGUGGAUUUCUUGAAUAGUGAUCGUGCGAAGAGUUUGUUGGCGGAGAAUCUCAUUCCUGAUGAUAUUGGGAAGAGGGGGGUUAGGGGCGCGCAGGAGGUGGUGCAGAGGGUUUUGGAGAAAUUGGCGAAUCCGCAGGGGGGUGGUGGUGGGCAUUAG